AGCGGUAACGAGCGAAGGUGAAGGGAAGGGGGAAAGAAAGUAGUAUACAAUAGGAAGAACAAAACCAGGAACAAAGAGAAAACGCUCGAAACAGGUUAUUAAGGUGAGUACGGGGUCGGGAUGACGGCAACGGGAGCAAUGAUGGUCAUAUCAAGACUAACCGAGCCGAUAGUUAGAAUAUUAAAAAGGAAGCAGAUUGGGCGUUUAAGAGGCGAACGCGGUAAAGAUCCAGCUGAUCAACGGAGCCCUGGACCUUGGAUUUUAACAGCCAGCGCGUCCCUCGCCCUGGUUUUCGGCUUUGGGGGGAGGGAGGGGGGAAAAGCAAAAAGAAGGACUGGCGACGAAAGCAAUCAUUGUAGGCGGAGAAGGCCCAGACGAUCGACCAUGGGACUGGCCACUCUGGGUCCUCUGGAGAGGAAAAAUGGAGAUCGAGCUCCAUCGCCAUCGAAUGAGAUGGCGUCCCUGGGUCAGGACAGCACCUGCCUCAUGGAGCCGUGAGCCAGCAACAGUUUUUUCACAGGGGGAAGAUCGGCCGUGGAUCCCAAAUAGGAGAUUUUUGUUGGUUUAGGACUUCGGU